UCUAUCUUCACUUUUCUUUUCUAGCACUUCGUCUGGAGCUCUAUUUUCUCUGUUCUUUUUUUUUCUUCUCUAGCACUUCGUCUACUCAGAGCAUUCAAGAAGCUCUCCCUCUCUAUCUCACACAAACAAAUUCUCUCUCAUACACACAUAGAUCAUCGAGUCCCGGCAGAAAAGUGGAGAUGGGCGUUCUACAUGUUUUAUUUUUUUGUUCUGGUUUGAUUAGUUUUAUUUUGUUGUUCAGAUUUCAUUAGGCUUAUGAGAAAGAUUGUUUUUGUGUUUCAAAUCUUUCGAUUGGCUUUUGUGUUUUUGUUUUGAUUGUGGUAUGUUUUAGCUUGUAACCGUUGAGAUAGAGAAACACUGUAGCCAUUCUAAGUCUAAAAAAUGAGAUGAAGAAGCUAUUGGAGUCGGUUUUUGGGAUGUUUUCUCUCUAAAAUUGGCUUUAAAGAAGCCAUUGGAAAUGUUCUUAUCAUUUUUUAGCAAAAAAUUUUCGAUUUUAACUAAAUAAACAAUUCCAAGACUCUAAUUUUACGGAGGGAAUGAUGGUGGGUGUGCAGUGGCUUAUAUUAGCAUUUCGUCGUCUCUUUGAUAUCUUUUGUUUGUCUAGUUUACUUACUUCUUGCCAACUCCUUUUGAAUACAUGACAUUCUGUCUUAGAAUCUCAACUCUAACUCGCCGCCUGGUAUAUGUCUUAGAAUCUUAACUCAAAGAAGCUUAGCUAGUAGGUGUGCUAUGGCUUCCCCUAGCAUACAAGCUGCUCAAUGGUUUCUUUGAUUUCUCUUCUUGUUCUAAAAGAUGUACUUUGCUUGCUUCUUGCAAAUCCGUUUGAAGACAUGACAUUGUCUGUCAUAUAUAGAAUCUAAACUCAAACAAGCCAUGUUGUAAGUACUUACCAAUGGCAUCCACCAGCAUUCAAACUGUCCCAUCCCCUAUUACCUCUGCUUUUUCUAAACCCCAACCGAAAUAUGACGUUUUCCUCAGUUUUAGAGGAGAAGACACCCGUUGUACGUUUACCGACCAUCUAUAUCGUGCUUUGGAAUAUAAAAGGAUUAUUGCCUUCAGGGACGAUAAAGAACUUGAGAUGGGAAAGCCCAUUUCGCUGGAACUCUUGGAAGCAAUCGAGAAAUCGACGGUUGCGGUCAUCAUUUUCUCUAAAAAUUAUGCAUCUUCCACAUGGUGUUUGGAAGAACUUGCAAAGAUUGUUGAAUGCAGGGAUAGAGGGAUAAUAUUGAGAGUGUUGCCCAUUUUCUACUAUGUGGAACCUACUGACGUGCGACAUCAGAAGAACACUUUUGCAGAGGCCUUUGCAAAACAUGAAAAGCGUUUCGAGGAGAACCCAACAAAGGUGCAGAAGUGGAAAACUGCUUUAACAAAUGUGGCCAGUCUCUCUGGAAGGCAUUUGAAGGAUGGGGUGCCUGAGGCAAACUUUAUCCAAAACAUUGUUGAAUGGAUAGAUUUGAAAUUGAAUGAGAAACGUUCAAAUGAUACUGAAGAUGGUCUUGUGGGAAUAAGCUCUCGUGUUGAGGAAAUGAUUUCAUAUUUAGAUCUGGAAUCAACUGAUGUUCACUUUAUUGGAAUAUGUGAGAAGAGUGGUAUGGGCAAGACAACUCUUGCACGAGCUGUUUUUGAUAAGAUUCUUAAACAAUUUGAAGCUUCUAGUUUUCUCGAAAAUGUUAGAGAGGAAUCUAAAGCACAUGGUUUAAAGACUUUACAAGAACGACUCCUUUGUGAUAUAGGAAAAGGGGGAUUAAGGGUAAAGGAUGUGCAUAAGGGAAUGCAAGUUAUCAGCGAUAUACUGCAUAACAAAAAGGUUCUUAUUGUUGUUGAUGAUGUGAGUGAAAGAAGUCAAUUAGAAACAUUAGUAGGGAAGCGUGAUUUGUUUGGCAAAGGAAGUAGAAUCAUUGUAACUACUGAAGACAGAGAUUUGUUGGCAAGUUAUGAAAUUAAAAUUGUAUAUAAGGCUAGAGGACUAAAUGAAGUCGAAGCUCUACAACUUUUUAGUCUGAAUGCCUUCCACAAACCUCAUUGUGAGAAUGAUUUCUUGGAAUAUUGCAACAAUUUUGUUGAGUAUGCUCAGAGAAUUCCUUUGGUUCUUAAAGUUUUGGGUUCCUAUUUGUAUACUAGAACAAAAAAUGAAUGGGAAAGUGCUCUGAAUCAGCUAAUAAGAGCAAUACCCCAUGAAAAAACUACUAAGAAACUUAGAAUUGCUUUUGAUGGAUUGGGGGCAGAUGAGAAAAAACUAUUUUUAGAUAUUGCAUGUUUCUUCCAAGGGGAGGAGAAGAAUCGCAUUGCUGAUAUACUAGAAUCUUACUUCUCAGGCAUUAAUCCAAUAAAAAAUCUCAUCGACAAAUCUCUAAUUACUCUUGUAGUGGGGGAAAAAUUGUGGAUGCAUAAUUUAUUACAACAAAUGGGUUGGGAAAUUGUUAGUGAGGCAUCAGAUGAAGCUGGAGAACGUAGUAGGUUGUGGCAUUGUGAUGACGUCCUUGAUGUAUUAAAGAACAAUACUGGAACAAAACAUAUAGAAGGCAUGCUAUUAAGAUUGCCUCCAGAUGAUGAAGAAGAAUUGAAUGCUGAAUCAUUCUCAAAGAUGAAUAAACUAAGAUUGCUCAAAAUUUGUAAGGUGCGCCUUUCUUGCCUCAGUUAUCUUUCUAAUGAGUUAUGUUGGUUGGAAUGGCAUGAUUAUCCUUUGGAAUCAUUGCCUAAUAGUUUUCAGCCUGGCGAACUUGUUGAGCUCAUUAUGCAUCGCAGUUGUCUUCAGCAACUUCCAAGUGAAUUUAGUAAGUUGGGAAAGCUAAAGCUCAUUGACUUGAGUGACUCCCAAAACUUAACCCGAACUCCUGACUUCACUGGAUUCUCAAAUAUUGAGAGGCUGAAUUUCCAAGGUUGUACAAGAUUGCAUGAGUUGCACCCUUCUGUUGGAGGUCUUAAAAGACUUAUUCUAUUAAAUCUAAAAUAUUGUAAAUGUCUUGAGAACCUUCCAUCUGAGCUCAAUUUGGAAUCUCUUAAAACUUUAAUUCUAUCUGGCUGUUCAAGAUUUAAGAAAUUUCCCCGUAUUGGGAGAAACAUGAGAAGCUUGUUGAAGCUUUAUUUGGAUGGGACUGCCAUUGAAGAACUACCACCAACAAUCGGGCGUCUAACUGGCCUGACCUUAUUGAAUCUUCAAGACUGCAAAAACCUUAAGAGUUUUCCGAGUGACAUUCAUAGUUUGACAUCGCUUGGAAUUCUCACUCUAUCAGGAUGUAAGUGUCAACCACCAAAAGCAGGGCAUUUGCUUGGGCUCUCUCCUAUUGGAUCCUCAAUUGGUGCCACCCGCACUUUUCCACGACUAAUUUUAUUUCUUUUUCUAUCUUUCCUAGCAUGGCGAUACACCUAUCUCAGAAUUCCUAUAUUUGCUACAACUGCUUUGUCAACAUAUUGUUUCCACAAUGCCCGGCAUCCUGAACCAGGGCCCAUCAACCUGUUGUUGUCUAAUUCGUUUUCAAAAUUAAGCACUUUGGUAACUCUAAGUCUAAGUGAUUGCAAUCUGUUGGCACUCCCUGAUGACCCUAGCUGCUUGUUGUCAAUAGAGUAUUUGAAUUUGAGCAAAAAUAAUUUUAUAUGCUUGCCCGAUUACACUUCUCGACUUUCAAAGCUCAAAAUUCUUUUCUUGGAUUAUUGUAGCAAGCUUAAAUCAUUGCCAAAUGUUCCAUUAAGUACAAGGUUAGUUUCAGUACAAGGAUGUACUGCGCUUGAAAAUUAUUCAAAUCAAGUUGUUGUAUGGACUUUGGGUGUAGCAGGAUUCACUAUUAUUACUUGCCUUGGCUUGGCCGAGGAUGAAGAUGGCACAAUUGUUGAGGUUUCUUUGCUAGACAUACACCUAUUAUGGCAAAGAUACGUGAAGGAUCAAAUUCAUCAAAUGGAAGGCUUUUGCCAUGUUUUACCUCAAAAUGAAAUUCCAGAGUGGUUCAAGCAUCAGAGGUUUGGGUCAUUUGGACCAAUCCCACUACCUUCAAAUCUCUUUAGUAAUAAAAAUUGGAAAGGAAUCGCUCUAUGUGUCAUUUUUGUAGUUCCAGCACAUUCGAACGACGUUUCUCCUGGAGAGGAUACAAAAUACUUUCAUGAGUUUUAUUGUCUUUUGGACAAAUAUGGAGAUCUUAUAGCUUUCAAGGUUCCUAAGGAAACAUAUGUUGGUUCAUUUGGACUUUGGCUAUAUAUAUCGCAUGCGAGGUUUAGAAAACAUUUAGACGGAGGGAGUUGCUUUACCCCUUUCAUUGGAACCGACAGCCCGGAUAUUGAGAUUAAUAUGUGUGGUGCACGUAUUCUAUAUAAGCAAGAUAUGGGAGAAUUUCUACAGAACUUAGGCCAAAAAAUUGUUGGGAGUCCUAAUGACCUCCGUGGAGAGCUUAACUCACACUCACACUCACAGCUUUCAAGAUUGUAUCAGGUGGAUUGGGCACGAAACCAUCUGUCUGAUUAUAUCUUUCCUCAGAUUGCGUCUCCACCACGCUGGUUUGCUUAUCAAAAUGGGCCCGCCAUAAAAACGCAGUUACCUGCAGAUUUGCAUGAUCAUUCAAGGUGGAGGCCUACCCCCGUGACAGAGCUUCUACCAAGUAAUGAAACUAUACAAGGGGAGUGUACUUCACGAGAAACAAUAUUUUCAAAUCAAGUAAUGGCUGCAGGCACCUCAAAAAAAGUAAUAGCUGCAGGCACUUCAAAAAGUUCAAGUCAAGGGUCUCUUUAUUUAGGCAAGAUAUCAAGCAGCCUUGAAUGUUGGUUAAAACAUAGGCCACAUUUGCAGGACCGCUACGAGGGCCCUGGUACUUUCAAUCAAUGUUUGCCUCAAAGUGAAAUCCCAGGGUGGUUCAAAUCUGAAAAUAUUGCUAGAUCCUCAUCAGUAACAAUUCAGCUACCUCUAAAUUUGUAUGACAAUCCUGAGUGGAUGGGAUUUGCAUUUUGUGCUGUUUUCUCGUUUCAAAAGCAUCCUAUUUCCGUUCAUAUGAAAGAUUCAGGAUUUUCUUUUAUCAUCGUUUGUCAUUUGAAGACCAACUUGGGUUGUAUGAAUCCAUUAUAUGGCAUCAGUGAAGAGGACGUAAUAAUAUCAUUACACCAACGGGCAUUCCUUUGGGUAUCAUUCAUUCCAUCUGGGUUUCUUUCACCCAAAUGGAGUCGAUGCACUUCGGUUGAAUUCUCAUUUGUGAGCGAUAAUUCGGAUGUGUCGGCGCUAAAGUGCGGGGUCGAUCUUGUAUACCGGCAAAAAUUGGAAUUUACUCGUAUAAUGGUACAAUGCAUAACCUCACACGAUGGUCCUUUCACAUCGUAUGAAAGAUUUCCCUUUUAUCAUCCUGAUCAAUUCAGUGGCAGUGACGGCUCUAGGGGAACUUCUGGUCACUAUUCUUAUGAGCAAUUCUACAAAACUGCCGCCUUGGACCGUUAUAACAAUCAUAGUAUUUUCGAUCAAUGUAUUCUUCAAAGUGAAAUCUCAGAGUGGUUCAGCCAUGACUCGCUAUCGUCAGAUUUGUCACCUAAGUUUGACUUUCAUCCAUCCACUUUGUAUAAUUUUUGUUUCCCUCCAAGUAAAAUUCAAGACUGGUUUAGUCAUCCGAAUCAUGGACACUCAGUGACAAUUGACCUACCCUCAAAUUUGUACCACGAUAGUAAUUGGAUGGGACUUGUUCUGUAUGCUUCUUUCUCCAUCAAUGGGGAUCCAAACAUCAUCUUUAGCAAUCUGGCAUCAGGAAAAUCUCACUUCCUAUAUUGUCAAUGCCAAACAAGUAUGGCUAAUGUUGAUAAUCAGAAAAUUGCUUUCUCCACCAAUAAAGAAGAAAUCACGUGGUUACUUAAUCUAGGUGAAUUCAUUUGGAUAUGCUACGUACCAGGAAAGCCAUUUAAGAAUAUGUUGCGACACUGCAGCCACAUUGAGGCCUCAUUUGAGAGUGAUUGGUUAGGCGUGAUAGUGCAGAAUUGUGCGUUACAACUUUUGUACCAGCACGAUCAAGUGCAGUUUGAGCAAGAACUAAAAUACUGCAACAAAUUGAUUUCAGAGAAUCGACAGCUUGUUUGUAAACAACAAGAGGAUCAAAAAAAAAUAAAUGAACAAUACCAUGUUGAUAAAGGACUUCAAAGAAAAAUCUUUUCUAAUAAUAAUAUUGACUUUGAAGUUAAAAUAUUUCCAAGGCUAAUUGAACAACCGGAGACUAAUGAUGAAACUGAGAUUCAACUUGGCCAAAGUGACCUGCUGGAGAACCAAGAGAAGGUGGACACUUCAAAAGAACUGACCAAAAUCUCUGGAGAGCAUUUAGAGAAAGGUCCUUAUGAUUUACUACAAAAAAUGGAUCGAGAAAUUAUCCGUGAGGAAUCAGAGGAACCUGGAAGAUGCAUUACGGCAAAUAAAUUAUUAUGUAAAUUUGGAGAAGAAAGUAAUUAUACAGGUAAGCAGAGGCAACCAAUUGAAAUGGACGCAAAGCAAAAGCGAAACUACGCCUUAGAGAACAUCGAAUACGAGGCCUCGUCCACCACCACUUCCACCUCUUCUUCUUUAAGUCCUUCUUCCUCGUUCGACAUCGCCGCCGGCGACGAAGACUUGUCGUCUAUAGGCGGCCAUCGAAGUUGCUCUCUCGACCUUCCUCCAUUUUUUCACAACCAAAAGAGCUUCAGAUUCGAAGGCACAUAUGGCGAAUUCGACUUCAUUUGUCGCUCUUUGGGCCUUUCCGGGAUCGACGACUUCUCUAUCCCCACCGCUGAUUGGGAAGCCCACCGCUCCAAAUCCGACCUCGCCACUCGCCUCCGCAACAAUCUCGCUUCUUCUACUUCUACUCCUACUCCUUCGCGGCUCAAACCGGCUCAACCGGUAAAGCUCGAUGAGGUUAGGGUUAGGGUGGGUUCUGUCACUGCGGGACCUAGUCAAGGAAUCAAAGGAGCUCGGCCGCCGGUCCUCGCUCCUCCGCCUGUGGCGGGGCGGUCGGUGGCGGUUGAUUCCACCUCAACUUGGGAGCUUUUGAAGUCCUCUGCUCCACUUGAAGACGAAGUCGUAGCACCUAACACUACGCGUUUGGGAGGGUACGCUGAAACGACAAGCUCUUCUUCUUCUUCUUCGGUUUUUUCGGAAGAAGAGGAUAAGAAGCAGAACGAGAAUGAGAAUGAUAUCGGGAUUGUUCGCGCAACGAAUGUGAUUCCAGUGUAUAGUUUUUCGCCGAGAGGGAAAUUGAGACGGAGUAUUAGUUCGUGGCAAAAGGGUGAGCUUCUUGGAAGUGGCUCUUUCGGAACCGUCUAUGAGGGCUACACUGAGGAUGGCUUCUUUUUUGCUGUAAAGGAGGUUUCAUUCCUGGAUCAAGGAAGCCAGGGCAAGCAGAGCGUUUCCUACCUUGAGCAGGAGAUUUCACUUUUAAAGCAAUUUGAACAUGAGAAUAUAGUUCAGUAUCUUGGCACGGAAAAGGAUGGAAGUAGGAUUUAUAUCUUCCUUGAGCUCGUAACAAAAGGGUCACUUGCCAGUCUUUAUCAAAAGUAUCGCUUGAGGGAUUCUCAAGUCUCUGCUUACACAAGACAGAUUUUGAAUGGAUUGAAGUAUCUUCAUGAUAAGAAAGUGAUCCACAGGGACAUCAAAUGUUCUAAUAUAUUGGUGGAUGCAAGUGGAUCUGUAAAACUUGCAGAUUUUGGGUCCUUAGCAAAGGUAACCAAAUUGAAUGAUAUUAAGUCUUGCAUAGGGACUCCAUUCUGGAUGGCACCUGAGGUUGUUAAUUUAAAAAACCGUCCCUACGGGCUUGCAGCUGAUAUAUGGAGCCUUGGAUGCACUGUGCUGGAGAUGUUAACGCGUCAACAUCCAUACUCUCCCUUGGAAGGCGUGCAAGCAUUGUUUACGAUUGGCAAGGGUAAACCUCCUCUAGUUCCUGAUUCCUUGUCAAGAGAUGCCCGAGAUUUCAUCCUCAAAUGCCUACAAGUUAACCCAAAUGAUCGGCCUACAGCAACUCAGCUAUUGGAUCAUCCAUUUGUGACUAGACCUCAAAAUUCCUUUGGACCUGCUUCUCCUCCCAACAGCAUACAGUUAUAAAAGCUUAUGAACAAUCUUUGAUGUUUGUAUGUAUGUUUUGGUAAACAAGUACCACUGAUCCCGCCACUCACUGCAGUUCUAAUGUACAUAAAGAAAUACAUGUCACAUGGAUUUUGUGAUUAUGGAAAUUUCAGAAAAAGUUGUUGAAGAUGUUUGUAGAAUAUUCACCGAGGCUUGGUGCUGCACUCUUUAGCUUCUUAUAUCACCAAUCACUCAAACUAAAGGGAUUGGUUUUUAAGGUGCGGUGAAUUGUGACCUGAAGCGUAUUUUCAAAUAGAACAAGGUAGUUUACCAACUCACCUCAUUUGCAGUGUUGUGAAAGAUUGGAAGAGCCACCUGAUGCUGCCAUGUGGCUGAGUAUUAUGGCUGAGAUUAACCCUUUUAAUAUUGAUUUUGGAAUUAGAAUUCUUGUGAAUUCUCCAGCAUGAACACGUCAUAACCAGUAAUUUGCUUUUCAAGAAAGCUUCGAUAAUGAUGUGAUUAUUCAGUUGGCUUAUGGUCUUCGGUAGGAUCAUUCUCUGGAGUUUUGAUUUAUAAGGUUUUGUCCUAGUUUUGCACCAAACUAAAUGUGGCAAGGCAUGUUGAUAGUAGCCUACUAAUUACUGAAUAUUUGUGAGGCACAUAGCUGCUGGUUCUAUUCACGCCAGGCAUGUGGUUGUUACUGUAUUUGCCUCUGGACAAAAUCUUCAUAUCAAGGAGCAACUUGGUGAACAUCAAUUUAGUCAGGACUGAAGGUGAUUUUAUCUCUCAUUCUAUCCAAGUUUUGUACCUGAACAUGGAGUUACUCUCCGAGUGAGGAAAGCUUGACAUUUCCUUGCUUUGAGAAAGGCUUUGGUGGUAUAAUAAGAAGAUUAAAAAUAAGAGACAUGUAGACUAUUUGUAGUAUCUUUAUGUAAGGGCAUAUUUGAUGCACACAUCUCGUGUCAUUACUAUGUAGCAAUUAGAGAAGUUGUUAUAGUUCCUUUGGUAACA